AAUCAAUCAUCGCCCUCAAACCCAAUUGGCCUUUUCAUAGGUUAUUAUUUAAGAUCGUAAUGAAUGACACAGGAAUUCCUAAACAUGCGAGGAUUCUUUAAAGCAAGCGCAUCCCCAAUUUAGUAGGCUAAUCCUUUCGGGACGCGGUAAAAUAACGUGUCUUCCAUUUAAGUAAACUUUAUUUGAUGCUCCCGUUAACGUUCCCUCGCGGAGUUGAUGGCGUUCUCUGCCUGCUCUAUAUUGGGGAUCUGUCUGGCGAGACGUAGAGGCAUGGCCUACUUUUUGCGCACGUAUGGAAACGAGGCGGGUGGCUCUUUUCGCUGUUGCUGUGCCAGCCUAUGCGCAAAUACAUCUCGACGCUGGAUAGGUCUCCUGGCAUUGAGGCUGCGCCUGUGAUGAUCAUGCGAUUGAGUGACGACGGGGAGUCAUGUCUAGUCUAUGCAUGAUCAGUGGCUCUGCGCUCCGUAUCCCGCUGGAAAAAGAGUUCGCGCUCGAUGGCUCUGCGAUCGACUUCGCGCCUAUGCCCACAAUGAAUGGCUGUUUCCAGCGCGAGACAGACGAGGCGAGAGAGUGAAGGAGAGCGAGCGCGUCGGACUCCAUUGAAACACUUUGAAACGGCCUCCAGCUAAGGGAUUUCUCUGGUGGUGCUGGCCAUAGCGCCAUGGCUCAGACCCUUCAGAUGGCGAUCCCAAACUUCGGCAACAAUGUCCUGGAGUGUUUGAACGAGCAGCGGCUGCAGGGCCUGUACUGCGACGUGUCCGUGGUGGUAAAAGGCCACACCUUUAAAGCCCACCGCGCCGUGCUGGCGGCCAGCAGCUCCUACUUCCGUGACCUUUUCAACAGCAGUGCGGGCAGCAAAACCCCUACGGUGGUGGAGUUGCCCCCGGCUGUACAGCCGCAGAGCUUUCAGCAGAUCCUGGCCUUCUGCUACACCGGACGCCUCAGCAUGAACGUCGGAGACCAAUUUCUGCUAAUGUACACGGCUGGUUUCCUCCAGAUCCAGCAGAUCAUGGAGAAGGGCACCGAGUUCUUCUUGAAGGUCAGCUCACCCAGCUGUGACUCACAGGGCCUCCAUACUGAAGAAACCCCCCCUUCAGAGCCUCAGAGCCCAGUUACCCAGACUGCUGCAGGGGCUGCAGCAAAUGGUGGCGGUGGGGUGGUGGCUACGGCGGCCAGUCGGCCAGCUUCCUGCUUGACCCCAUUGCCUCUAGUGUCUCGAGUGAAGACGGAGCAACCGGAGACUUCACCCUAUUCAGUGGUGUGCACACCGGUGGCCAAGCGGCUCUGGGAAGGAAGCAAUCGGGAAGGCAGUGGAGGCUUAGGAGCAGCCGGAGGAGGAGGAAUGAGGAAGGCGGCUCGUUUUUCCCAAGAGAUGGCACGCGGAAGUGCCAUUCAGCAGCAAGGUAGCAUGGGACUUGGUAUGGGUCUUGGAAUGGGUACAGGAGGCCACGGUGCAGGCAGUGGCAGCACCAAUGGUAACGGAACAAGCAGUGCCACCCCUGAAGGCACCAGCCCCGGUACUUUGAGUGCCUAUGCCAGUGAUUCGCCCAUAUCUUACCAUGAUGACGAGGAAGAAGAGGAAGCAGUGGAUGAUGGCACUGAAGAGCAGUACAGGCAGAUCUGCAACAUGUACACCAUGUACAGCAUGCUCAACGUGGGCGCUACAGGAGAGCGUGUGGAGGCCCUCCCAGACCACUCGGAGACACGGCCCAGGAUGCGUGGCCGUCAGGAUCUUGCCUCUCUCCCUGCCGAGCUCAUCGCUCAGAUUGGCAACCGCUGUCAUCCCAAACUUUACGAGGAAGGUGACCCUGCAGAGAAACUGGAGCUCGUUUCAGGCACCAGUGUUUACAUCUCUCGAGCUCAGCUGAUGAACUGUCACGUCAGUGCUGGGACUAGACACAAAGUCCUUCUGAGGAGGCUGCUGGCUGCUUUCUUCGACAGGAGCACUCUGGCCAACAGUUGUGGAACCGGCAUCCGUUCCUCCACCAAUGACCCCAGCCGUAAGCCGCUGGACAGCCGAGUGUUGCAUGCAGUCAAGUUUUACUGCCAGAACUUCGCCACCAGCUUUAAGGAGAGCGAGAUGAACGCCAUUGCGGCGGACAUGUGCACUAAUGCUCGGCGCGUGGUGAGGAAGAGCUGGAUCCCCAAGCUGAAGCUACUGAUGGCGGAGGGAGAUGCCUACGCCAGUUUCCUCCCCGACAGCAACAAGAUGGAAGCGGACGGCCUCAGCGGCGAGCCAACCUUUGAGACUGCAAGCCUUGAGGGCGGCGCUUCCGUGGAGACCGGAGGAUCCUCGGGCGAGUCUCUGCAAGGUGUGGGUGGAGACAACGGCACUUUGUUUCAGUGAGCGACCCGGCGAGGAAAACCCUGCCCCAUCCCCUCUGCCGCCCCACCUCCUGCCCGCCUCCCACCCCGCUGCGUGACUCUUGGGCUCUGCUGCUUCUGCCUGGGAUGGGAAAGGGAGAGUCGGGUAGGAGAUUGGAGAAGAAAGCACGGUCUAGUGUUGGGAGGAACAUGGGGGUUUAUAUCGGGGCGCCAUUUUCUUUUCAAUCAUUUUUGUUUUUGCUGAAUAACCCUCUUUUGCACAGAAGAUCCCCUUUGCCUCCAUGCUCGGCAAGUAAAUCUAGUCACCGAUGCUAUAGGAAUGCAUAAUUAGGACCAGGAAAAUUAUAGCGACGGGAGGCGUGAGGUUCCCUGAUCUCACUCUACUGAAUUUGAAUGUAUUAGUUUGUAGCACCUGGCUAUGUCAGACUAGCCGAUUGUAUUUGGCCCUGGAGAGAGACAGGAAAAAUGCUUGUCAUAAGAUCUAAAGGAACAGCAGAUGGAGAAAGUAGUGAGGGAGGAGAGGAGAAAGAGAAGUAGGUGGCAUAUUCUGUCUCUCGUACUGUCUAAAAUGGAAAAUAUCUGAUAUCCUCCUCUCCUUCCAUUCCUCCCAAAAUAUAUGUGGGAUCUUAGUCUGCCACGUUCUUUGUUUUUUAUGUCACCGUUUUCUCCUUCCCCCUUAUACUUGUUCCACUGUGUGUGAUUUUUAUAUGAAUCCAGAGUUGAUGAAAGAUGAUUAAGGACUGUAAAGGAUAAAAAUAUAUUUAUCUGCUCGCACCUUUAGAGUUCGAGAAAGAAAGAAAGAGAGAGAGAGAGAGAGAGAGAAGGGGAUUGUUUUAAAAUCUCUACUUUUUUUUUUUUUACUUAAAUGUUUUUCGAGACACCUUGUUAUUGGGCUUUAAAUGGAAGUAGUGAGAAAACGGGGACUAUUUUUGCAUAAGGAUGAUCUUGCAUUUCAAAGACUGGUGCUUGGCUUGUAUUUGGAACACGAUUGUGUCCGUAGCUGAAUUCGAUUGACCUAUAGACCAGUGAUGUACCAUUUGCAGCUCUCAUUAUUUAAAGUGACAGUUUAUUUGAAAAUGAAGAUUUGAUCAUUUACCCGCCCUCAUGUUGAUUCAAACUCUUGAAUAUGACCCGUUUUGGACUCCCUUGACUCUCGUUGUAUGCAUAAAUCUGAUCAAAACAUUCAAAAAGUCGUUCCACUGAAGAACUAGCCAAAGCGUUUUGGAGUGGCAUGAGGGUGAGUGAAUGAUAACAGACUUGACUAAACUAUCAUUUUAAGAAUUGUGUAGGACAUCAAAACGUAGUGUUUUUAGCUGUAAACCUUUUUAGCUUUCUUCCCCCUCCUCGUUAUCGCACACAAACACGCUUUUACAGCCCAGGGGGAAGGGAGAUUGUGCUUCUAAUUGUUAGUCACUUUACUGUCUUAAGGUUUGGGCCUGACUUUGUGUGUGUUUGGGAGCGGAGGAGGGUUUACAUUGCCUGUGUCCCAGGAGAGGAGGAGCAGAAUGAUUAAGUCUCUCAAUGUUGCCCAUGUCCCUGUUUGGGCAGCUGCGUGUGUGUAUGUCUGUGCUCGCUUAGGCAAGCAUGUCUGUGUCCGCACAAGUCACCAUCUGUAUACAUUCCUCGCACAUAGUUGGCACUGUGUGUUUGCAUGUGGGUGAUGUGUUGAUUCGAGGAUUUAGGGUGUGUUUAUGUCUCAUAUGGAUGCUUUUAAGGAAAUUCGGCUGUCUGAAGGCUUGCUGUAACCCAUAAACUUUUUGCAUAUCCCAGAUUUCCAUUGAGAUUUGAAUGGGAUUGCAUGUUGAUGUCUUAAUGUGCACCCAGGCAUAGGUUUUAAAUGCACAUGCCUCGCUAAAACAGAAACACGAUACUUUAGGCUAUUUUAAUAUUUCAUGCCCGAGUUAUUAGGCCAUGUGUGUUUGUGUAAGCCCUGUUUUUUUGUGCUACUGACCUCCUGGGACACAUACAGUAGCCGCCCCCUAUUCUGACAGAGGAAACGGACCUCUUUGCACCUUUUCGUAGACUGAACUAGAGCUUUUUGCACCUUUUUUGUAGAGGAGAGUGGUGGAAUGUGCACCUUUUUUGUAGAGCGUAAUUGAUGGUUUUCGGACUAAACUUCGUGGAUGUGGAUGUGUCGGUAUCUGGCCCGGAACAGGAUGCACCCCUGUGUCUGUGGUCAUCUGUGCUGAAUACUGAUGUAAAUAUCGAAGAGACUGUUGAACAGAUUUUGACCACGUUUUUUAACGGGUCGUUCAUCUUUUUAAUUGAUGGCUUACAUUAGGUCUUUCACCCCUCUUGUUUUUAGCUCAUGUUUUUUUUUCUCUCUUUUAUUUGCAUAACCAAGUCUGGCUUAUCUGCUGUUUGUAUAUCUGGAAAUUGUAGUUCUGUUUUGUUUUCAGGCUCAAGAGUCGUAGCAAAUAAAGUGAACUCCUGGCAAGUUUACUUCUUAAAUGCAGUCUGGUUCAGGUCUGACCGGUGACCUCAUUUGUUUGUUUGUUUUCCUUCAAUUUUCUUUUGGACCAGAAGACAAUAUUGCCUCUUGUGUAGAAAUGUAUAACAUUCGCCAAGCCUGCAAAAUCAACAUCUGGGAAACGUGCAUGUCUCCAUUUCCUUCUGUUUUUUUUUUAUAUUCUUUUAGCAGACCACGUGUACUGUAUUUACUUUUCAACUACUACUAAUUCAUUCAAGGUGAAAGAGUUGACUUGCCAAGUUUUUUAAGGAUACAAUAUAGAGUUGUUUGACUGAUGAUAGAGUACUGAGUAUUUUUUCAUUUCUUUUUAUCGACUAAAGUGCUGGGAAAGUGGGGGGGCCAUGGUGAGGGAUGUACUGGUGCUAUGUGUGCUAUUCUUUAGAUGUUAAAGGCCUGCUGGGUCACUGGUGCCUUGAGGAGGACUGCGGGAGACGGACUGCAUGUGUAUAUCUGGGUGGGGUGUGGAGCAACGGCAGCGCUCCUCUCUCUCCUCUCGCGGGCUAUGACUGUGCCAGUGUUUAUGCGUCCUCCAUUUUGAUGGCACAGAUCACAUAUGCUGCAUGCGUCGCUGGAGAGGAACUGCUGUGUCCAUACGCCACCUGCUGUCUGUAUGUUGUUACUGCGGUUUAGAUUUAACUACUUACAGUCAACACCAGGGGGUGUCAUAACUGAGAACGAUCACUAUUGUUGGCCACAAAUAAGGCCUUUCUAGUACUGGGAGGUAAAAGGUGAUGUGUGUAAUUAUUAUUUUCAAUGUAAAAAUAAUAGAAGUAAGCCAUUUGUAGGUUGAUAUUUUUCCCCCUCCCAAAAAGUAUAACACUGUGGCUCUGUGGCACUGUCAGAAUGCUGCUCUGUUUGUUUGAGCAUCACAACCAGCCUGAAGGAGCAUCAACCCAUGGCAUUCAAGAUCAAUAUUUUUGCGAUUCCGUUUCAAAUUACACACUUCACCUUUUAAGAUUGUUUAUAUUUUUUAUUUUAAGUUAGUAAAACUUAAGUCUCGCCUGGUAUGAAAGGUUUUUAUUAAAGAGAAGUAUAUAGUGGGAACGAAGGGACCAGUGUUGAUUAUUAAAAAAGAAAAAGAAAAAAAAGUUGGCCCGAGUGUCCAUAUCACGCUGCCUAUCUGUCAGCUCUCUGUGCCCGAGCAAAGCACCUUUUUCUGGGGUUUGCGUUCAUAGACGUGCUUCUCAGAACCUUGCAAUUCAGUCUGACUGUGUCGCGGAGCUCAGAGAGCAGAUAGAUGGAAGACGCCUGUGUGGUUGGAGAAAGAGCGUGAGAGUUGAACUGCCCAUAAGUCUUGUCAUUCUUCCUUGUAACACAGUUUGUUGGGGUACUUGUGCAUUGUAGAUCAUUGUGAAUUUGUAACCUGGUGGAUUGCUGACAGCAUGCGAGAGCGAGAGAGCUUGAAGCGAUGUAUUAAAAAUUGAACUCUUUUAUAAAUGCCGACUGUCUCUCCUCUCUGCAAAGGCAGAAACCGGGCACAUUUUGCAGGUUUCCCUUCAGCUUGCAGUUUUCGCUACUUUUUUGUCAACCUAAGUCAGCAGAAUGCAGCACUGCUAUCCCAUUAAAUAACAGACAUACAACAUGAAGAUACUCUCACCUCUUUCUCUGCGUGUUGCAUUCUCUUCCAGCACACCCCAACACUCUGCUUUCAGUCUUUCCCCUGAAAUGAGAUGAUGAUGAUGAUCAUGAAUAUAACCCAACUUUGCAAAUGUUUUGGUAAAGUAACGUCUGAUAGCCGGACAACCGGGUUGUCCAUACAUGGUAUCAUGAAUUACGAAGAAAUACAGACAGGAUGGGGGAUGACAUCAGUUUGCUUAAACACUCAAAACAACAAACUGGUUGUGAACCUUUUUUACGAUGCAGUGUCUCACUUUCUAUGACUACAUCCCUAUACAAAUCUAUAUACUGUAUAUUACAUAGAAGCACUAAUGAAGUUUGAUUGUUAGUCGUGCACUCUAAGCAUGAGUUGUAACCCAUACCCAGCUGUGCUCAUGCAGUGACCCUGUAACGCCAGUGCUCAUCCACUCCAUUCUGUCGGUGUUCAAAGUGCCAAUAACUUUGUGAAUCCCUAACUGUGACCCAAUAUUAUCAAAAGUAAUUGCACAUUAACUACUGUAAAAAAUGAGUAAGAGAAAAGUCAAAGGAUACAGCUGAAUAUCUUAAUAAAAGUUUGUAACAAAG